GGGCCAUCGAUACACGAGCUUCAACGUCAUCCUAAGCUUUGGUUCUCGAAUUCCACCAUCAUGUCAGAUAUCAACAAUCUGAAGCGUCAACUCAAAAUCAAGACUGGUGCUGCUAAACGACUUUUCAAGGAGAAGGGCUUGUAUCAGAAAGAAGCUGAAGAAAUGAAACGCAAACUUGAUAAACUCAGAGCAGAUGGUGUACCGGAGGAUGAAUGGGAAGUCAAGAAUACAGCAAGACUAUGUGAAGAGUCAAACAAGAUGAUUCAGGAUUCCUCCGAGAGAUUGGGUUCUACUGUUACGGAAUUGAGGCAAACCAUUGUCGCAGCAAAGAAGGAGGCAACGCUGGCGAAAGAUACGGAUUUACUCGCUGCCGAAGAAAUAUUGGAAGCUGCUAGCAUUUGAUAUGAAGAAAAGGUCAAAAAAGAGGCCAAAAACAUUGUAUGAUUAUUGUAUGAUCCUAGGAUAUUCCUAUAAAGUCGGCAACGCAAGUUUCUGAUCUGGUUGGGCUGAAUUUCAGACCAACUUUGCUUUCUCUCUGAUCAAGAAAAUGAAUGGUAUGUUGCGUACGCAACACCUCCGGCG